GUGGGGAGCUUGCAACACAGCUAGGGUAUCCCGGGUAGGAGCGCUGCCAGGCCCUGGGCCACAGCCGGGCCUGGCGGGGGGACCAUGGGCGCCUGGGCCUCCAGGGGCCGGGCCGCCCGGGUCCCCGCGCCGGAGCCGGAACCCGAAGAGGCGCUGGACCUGAGCCAACUGCCCCCGGAGCUGCUUCUGGUGGUGCUGAGCCACGUCCCCCCGCGCACGCUUCUCGGGCGCUGCCGCCAAGUGUGCCGGGGCUGGCGAGCCCUGGUGGACGGCCAGGCCCUGUGGCUGCUGAUCCUGGCCCGCGAUCACGGCGCCACCGGCCGCGCGCUACUGCACCUCGCCCGCAGCUGCCAGUCUCCCGCCCGUAACGCCAGGCCUUGCCCUCUUGGCCGCUUCUGCGCGCGCAGACCCAUCGGACGCAACCUUAUUCGCAACCCCUGCGGCCAAGAAGGCCUCCGAAAGUGGAUGGUGCAGCACGGUGGGGACGGCUGGGUGGUGGAGGAAAACAGGACAACCGUGCCCGGGGCCCCUUCUCAGACGUGCUUCGUGACUUCAUUCAGCUGGUGUCGCAAGAAGCAGGUCUUGGACCUAGAGGAGGAGGGUCUGUGGCCAGAACUGCUGGAUAGUGGCAGGAUUGAGAUUUGUGUCUCUGACUGGUGGGGAGCCCGACACGACAGUGGCUGUAUGUAUAGACUCCUUGUCCAACUUCUAGACGCCAACCAGACUGUUCUAGAUAAAUUCUCUGCUGUGCCUGAUCCCAUCCCACAGUGGAACAACAAUGCCUGCCUUCACGUCACCCACGUGUUCUCCAACAUCAAGAUGGGCGUCCGCUUUGUGUCUUUCGAACACUGGGGCCAGGACACACAGUUCUGGGCUGGCCACUAUGGAGCCCGUGUGACCAACUCCAGUGUGAUCGUGCGAGUCCGUCUGUCCUAGUCCAGGACUAUCCUUCUUGCAAGACAGCCUGACUGUGCCUUCCAGGGCCCGGGACCAUUGGCUGGGACUCCCCAUUAACCAACUGACCACUUGUACCUCCCUGGCAUACUGAGAAUUCCUGGGUCCAAUCAAAGGCCCUGACGGGCCCCGUCUUCAGGUUCUAGAAACUACCAGAAGAAGCUUCUUCCAUCUUAUCUACCUACUGCAGCUGCUGCUUUGGGGGGCCUACUCUACUGAGGGGAACCCACAGAUGAGCCUGGGGGAACGCCCAUCUUGGAGAAGAAUUCUCGCCCUCCUCUCUUUUCUCUUCCCACCCAAAACCCUCCGAUCCAGCCCCAGGCCCCUCUGUCCCAACCCCUCCCCUCCCCGCCAUUGACAUCUUGUCUCCUAUUGUUUCUGCCGUAAGGACUUCUUUGGUCCCUUCAGAGAAGCCCUCUACUCGUCUCUGAACUUAGAGCCUCAUCCUUAGGGCUCAGAAAGUCCUAGCCCUAAGGGUGCGAACCUCACCUCCUGGGGCUUCCGAGCUACAGGGCUGGGACCAGGUCAUGCAGCUGAAAAUCCAUGUUAAAAAAAAAA